AUGGACCACGAAAGUUUAGAGGAGCCGCAUGCUCGCAGCAGUGGCCGAACAGGGCGGAAGCGCACAAGGGGCCCGAGCUCAACCCAGAAGUCAUUGAGCUCAACCUCGACAAACUCUGGGUUGACAAAACCCCUUGGCGGAGACCCACCGCCAUUCAGCGAUUGGACCAGUUUGGCCAGGGAUCCCAGUGGACAAUCUAUGUACAUGUAUGGCGGUGUUCGCCCAAAUAGCCAAACCUCCACCUCUGAUUUCUAUCGGUUGGAUUUUGAGACGAAGAGCUGGACAAAUCUCACAAACACUUUGUUGUAUAUGGACGGUCAGCCUAAUCCCAGCAAGGCAAAGAAGAAGGCUCUCCCCAUCCUCGAUCACCCAUCUUGUGCUUUUCUCGCCGCCCACGACCGCAAAUUCGUAACACUUUUUGGAGGUGAUAAGAACGGAAGAGCUGUCUCUUCGUUAAUUAUCAUCGACGUUGACCACUAUCUCUGGUGGGAGGUCGACGGCGCAGUCACACCCCGGAUAAAUGCAGCUUCCGUCGGAAUUGGCAACCGCCUUUAUAUUUUUGGUGGACAUGGGGUGCCGCUCGCGGAUACAACAUUCCGAUCAUACAGUGUCGUCGAAUACGAUGCAAAUGGUGACUGGAUAUGGGUUGUUCAAGAUAGACCUUACCCUGCAAGCCUUCCAGCAAUACCAGGCAUUGGUGCAGCAGCAGUCUCAUUAUACGGGGGCAAAAAGAUCCUUUUGACGCCGGGUCGGAUAACUCAGAAGGCUCCGAUGCAUUUCUCUGGGUACAACAUGGUCCUCUUUCACACACAGAAUGAGACGUUCCACGCCAUCACCGAAACCGUCGGGAAUUUCCCUCAAAAUGUUCGGUGGUACCAGUUACACGUCAUUGGCGGUUCGGGUUCAUUCCCAGCCCAAGUCGGCGACAAGAGAAAACGGAAUGCGGAGUCUGACCAGCUGGCCGUCCUAAUCAUUGCGUGGGUCCCUUACGGAAAAGAUGAGCUGAUACCUGAAGUUUGGAAAUACCUCCCGUCUCCGGACGAGACGAUCACAUGCCUUGGCCUUCGCAAACAGAUAUGGGAUAUGGAUCAGGACUUGCAAAGUUCUGCAUGUUUGGGCGGUCGGGUACUCCUUAUGGGACAAAGGGGGAACAGUUUGGUUUGGGAUAUUUAUGUUGAUAUUACGGACAUGAUUAAAUUGACCUGCAUUAAAAUCCAACCUCGGCUCGGUGCUAUUGGCUUUGUGACCGAGCUUUCAACCAGAAGCUAUAUACCAUUUCGACACAGCAUUGUCCAAUCUUAUAUACAUGUACAUGUAACUUGUAUCCUUUGUGCAUCAUUUUCUGUUUAG